AAUGUGCCUGUCUCCCACUAGUCCGUCCUUCACAGAGACACCAUUUGUGCCUAUGUUUGAGGGAUUGGUGUGUGAACUUUGACCGAGCCUUUCAAUAACUGGCGCCUCAAGCUACAGACGUGGAAAUAUGAAUCGAUGACCAGAGAGUGAAGAUGAAAGUCAAAAGAUUUUUUCAAACGAGCCUUCUAGCCCUAACAGUCAUGCCUCUGCUUGUCACGGGUGCAGUCCCUGGGGAAGUAACUGAUGCUGAUGUAGUUACGACCACUCAAGUCGAAACUACAACUACCUCAGUCGAACCUACAUUACCUCAAGUCCAUACUACAGCUAAUCCGGUCGAAACUACAGCUAAUCCGGUCGAAACUACUCCAGCCGUGAAUCCAACAAGAAAGCCAGUCUUGAAUCCAGUCGACUACUCCUGCAUCAAGAGUCGCCCACAGCAGAUGUGCAACCUUCAGCUCAUCUAUCCAGACCCCGUGGGGCCUCUGCCCUGUCACGUGACCAUCAAGGGUCAGGAGUUUGUUAGACCUCCACACCCAUCACUGUACGUCUCCACAUCUUUGCGCCCAAACAAGACCUUGAUGUAUGGCUACAACAGUUUGAAUGGUCAAGUUGUCUGGCUGUUGGAAGCAGAGAUUGAUGUAACCUGCUACCUGAAGAUAAAGAAAGUUUUUAGAUAUUUUGAUCAAAUAGUUGUACCGGAGAAUGAAAUCACACCUCUGACGUUCGUCCUCUUUGAGUUCAACGACAGAUCCUUCAGCGGUAUCAGAGACCUUAGCCUGUGUGAGCUCAUAUCGAAGUACGCACUAGGUGAGCCCUUAGCCGCCACUGACGUUAACGUCAACAUGCGAAACAUCGACAAACUCGUCUCUGAACGAGGACGGGAGCUUGGCUGUCCGGCUCCCAGCUCCAGCUUUGGCCGCAUAACAGAUGAUCGACUGCUGACAUUUUUCCUUUUUUUGCUCAAUCUUCACUUCUGUUGGUCAUUUGUCGACACGAGGUUUUAGUUUGAUAGAAAUCUUGCUACCUUCAUUGUCAGAAGUUUUUGGUAUAUAUCUUGACCAAAUGUCUUGUAGUCCUCGUAGAUAGAGGAUUUUGGUGUAUUCAUUGACAGAAGAUUUCGCUGGCUUCAUUGACAGAAGAUCUUGCUUGGUUCAUUGACAGAAGAUCUUGCUUGGUUCAUCAACAGAAGAUUUCGAUGGCUUCAUUCACUUUGUUUCUCAUCACCAGAAUGUUGUUUUGUUUAAGGCAGAUUUAAUUAUGUUAUAAGAAUUUUUUAAUAAAAUGUUUGAGACACAGC